AUGACAGCCCCGAGGAGAUAUGCCAAAGCGUGCGAUGCCUGCCAUAGAAAGAAGAUACGCUGCGAAGUCAAUGGCUCAAGCUGUACACUCUGUCAGAAGACAGGUCAAGACUGCACAUUUACUAAGAUAGAGAAGACCAGUCGUAAGAAGCCGCGCCGCGGGGAUGGGUUACUGGCUCUGGAGGACCGCUUGAAGGAUAUGGAGGCUCUGUUACGGCGGCAGAAUGGAAUCGCUCUGGAGACCGAAGCGCAACCUCAGGCGCCACAGAUACCGCCCACACCGUCAAGCAGCAAGCAGUCACACAGUCCCUUUGAUGCCUGCGCAUUGGUGUCAAAUGACGGCCCCUUCAACUUCGAACCCAAGGACCGGGCAAUCCGUCUGACGCAGGGCACGAUGGCUGCUUGCAACCGCGCGUUUCCUGUAUGGAACGCUACCCGUGUGUUGAAGAGGAUGGAAACGGACUGGCCGCCUGAUAAGCGUUCUGAUCUUGUCUGGUGGACUAACGGGCUGGUGGUGUUAUGUCACGCUCAUCGCUUGCGGGCCAUGUCCGAGCCCUCUGGCGCAGAAGCCGACAACAGAGAAGCGUGCCGUUAUCUCACCGAGGCCCUGACGGUUGCACCCUCCCUACCUUACGGAAAACCGUCCUUAGACGCCGCGCAGGUCCUCUUAGCGAUCGCAACCGUUAUGCGUGGCACGCCAAUGGCCGAGUCUGCUCGCAUGUUUGUCAGCUCAGCCGCUCAUAUCCUCCAGAACCUCGAUGCGCACAUGGAAGAGAGCGCGGACAGCCCGCAUUACAGUGACCGGGAUGACCGCGCUCGUGUUUUCUCGAUUGCAUACGUGCUCGACAAGAACUUUAGUCUUGUGUCCGGCAAACCGCCCCUGUUCCACGAGCAAGACAUCAGUCGGCUCCCGCUUUCAAACGCGAAUGUCGAAGGAUUCGCGUUGAUCCAAUCUCUGGACGGGUUGCGUGAAGUGAAUUUCUUGGUGGCUUUGCAUCGUCUAGCCGCGAUCCAAGGCCAGCUCUGGAAUCGACUGCAAUCUGCAACAGCAAGUCCAGCCCCCAGCGCCCUGAUUGCAGCCCAGAACGAAGUAAACGCCCUUCUCUUGUCCUGGAGGACUUCUCUGCCGUUCAGCUUCAAGCCGAAGGACCUGGUGGGACAGUGGCCGAAGUACUGCAUCAUCUCGAUAGUCGUGCUGCACUUCCAGUAUUUCCAGACUUUGGUGGCGGUGAACAAGAAACCAGCACUCGCAGAAGCCUGCACCGCUCCUCUAUACAGCAACUGCCCGACGGCAACAGCGCUCAAAUCUUAUACCUUCUCCACAGAGUCCUUUGUCGUCAGCGCUGCGCGAGAGGCUUUCGACCUGGCUUCUUUGAUACCGAUGGGCAAUUUUCAGCAUGUCUGGUUGUAUUUCGAGCACUCUGUUUCCGCUGUGUUGACGUUGCUGGUGAAUGGCAUCGUGCGACCUCUUGGCGAAGGCUUGAGCGAGGACUUUCGGCGGAUCGACGAAUGGAUCUCAGUCAUCGACGUUCUGGCGUCCACGAGCGAACGGGCUGAUCUCCUCCGGAAGAAACAGUUUCUUCUUGACAUGCGGACCUGGAUGUUGAGCUGUGUGAAAGAUGCAUUGGCAGAGAAGAGUGCCAAAGACGUUGCGGCUCAAACCCAAGCACCGCUCGACGCGCUGGACCUGCCUGACACACAAUGGUCUGACAACCCGAUGCGUUACGACUGGGCCAUAGACGGCAGUAGUCUGCAUCCAGAUAAUUUCCCUCUCGAUCAGUUGGAGUGGGAUUGGCUGGACAGCUCUCUCAUACCGACGUGA